AUGGGGACCCGGCCUGAGGAGCAGGGCAGCUGGAAGGGUAGGAGGUGUGGAGAAUUAGGGGUUUCCAAAAAGCGUUUGCUGACUGAUCCAAGCAAAAGGGAACCCAGUGCACCUAAGCUCGAAGGGCAGAUGGGAGAGGAUGGAAACUCUAUUAAGGUGAACCUGAUCAAGCAGGAUGACGGCGGCUCCCCGAUCCGACACUACCUGGUCAAGUACCGAGUGAAGCUCUCCUCCGAAUGGAAACCAGAGAUCAGGCUCCCAUCUGGCAGUGACCACGUCAUGCUCAAGUCCCUGGACUGGAAUGCCGAGUACGAGGUCUGUGUGGUGGCUGAGAACAAGCAGGGAAAGUCCAAAGCAGCUCACUUUGUGUUCAGGACCUCGGCCCAGCCCACAGCCAUCCCAGCCAACGGCAGCCCCACCUCAGGCCUGAGCACGGGCGCCAUCGUGGGCAUCCUCGUCGUCACUUUCGUCCUGCUCCUGGUGGCCGUGGACGUCGCCUGCUACUUCCUGAACAAGUGUGGCCUGCUCAUGUGCAUCGCCGUCAACCUGUGCGGAAAAUCGGGGCCUGGAGCCAAGGGCAAGGACGUGGAGGAGGGCAAAGCCGCCUUCUCGAAAGAUGAGUCCAAGGAACCCAUCGUGGAGGUGAGAACUGAGGAGGAGCGGACCCCAAAACACGAUGGAGGGAAACACACAGAGCCCAACGAGACCACGCCGCUGAUGGAGCCCGAGCUGCCUGCUGACACCACAGCCACUGUGGAGGACAUGCUGCCUUCUGUCACCACCGUUACCGCUAACUCUGACACUAUCACCGAAACCUUUGCUACUGCUCAGAACAGCCCCACCAGUGAGACCACCACCCUUACCUCCAGUAUCGCCCCCCUGGCCACGGCCACCCCUGAUUCAAACUCUGUGCCCGCCAGCCAGGCCACCCCUUCCAAGGGGCCCGGCGUUGCCGCCACCUCCCCGCCCCCAGCGUCAGCCCCCAAGGUCGCCCCCCUCGUUGACCUGAGUGACCCCCCGACCUCAGCCCCCGCCGCCAGCAACCUGUCCUCUAGCGUCCUGGCAAACCAGGGGGCCAUGCUCAACCCCAGCGCCCCUGCCAGUGCGGGCAAGGCCCCCAAGACCCCUCCGGCUGGCACGCCGGUCCCCCCCCCAGCCGGGGCAGCCGGUCCCCUAGCAGUGGCACCGACGACCCCCACCCCAGAAGCCCCCCAGGCCAAGCAGGAGGCUCCCGGCACCAAAGGUCCGGACCUUGAGCCCACCCAGCCCGGCACCGCGAAGAGCCCAGCCGAGGCAGCCAGGGCCCUCGCCAGCCCGAAGAGCGAGGCGGCCUCCAUCAGCACCACAAACCCUGCCCAGGGCGAGGACUUUAAAAUGGAUGAAGGGAACUUCAAGACCCCAGAUAUUGACCUUGCAAAGGAUGUUUUUGCAGCCCUGGGCUCUCCUGCUCCCGCCGCCGGGGCCAGUGGACAAGCCCCUGAGCUUGCUCCUUCCACGGCCGACGGCGCUGUUCCUCCUGCGCCAGCCAAGACCGAGAAGCGUCCUGUAGAAGCAAAGCCGGAGUGCCAGGAGACAGAAACGAAGCCAGCGCCAGCCGAAGUCAAGACGGUCCCCAACGAUGCCACACAAACAAAGGAGAACGAGAGCAAAGCAUGGUGGGUGACGAGACACCAGCAAAGAUCAAAGUAA